GGGAGGACACCAGGAGGGACGUGCAUGACAUGUCUGCUGAUGUUCUUUUAGAGUGACCCAGAAUAUGCGUGAAGAGAGGUGUAGAAAGAUGGGGAAACACAACAGCAAGCUUGCUCCUGAGGUGCUUGAUGACUUGACCAAGAGUACAGAGUUCAACGAAGCUGAGCUGAAGCAGUGGUAUAAGGGGUUCCUGAAGGACUGUCCAUCUGGCAUCCUCAAUCUGGAAGAGUUCCAGCAACUCUAUGUCAAGUUCUUUCCUUAUGGCGACGCUUCAAAAUUCGCCCAGCAUGCCUUUCGGACAUUUGACAAAAACAGUGAUGGUACCAUUGACUUCAGGGAGUUCAUCUGCGCGCUGUCCAUUACUUCCAGGGGAAGUUUUGAGCAGAAACUCAACUGGGCCUUCAACAUGUACGACCUGGACGGAGAUGGCAAGAUCACACGCAUGGAAAUGCUGGAGAUCAUUGAGGCAAUCUACAAGAUGGUUGGGACGGUGAUCAUGAUGCGUAUGAACGAAGACGGGCUGACCCCACAGCAGCGUGUGGACAAAAUCUUCAGCAAGAUGGACAAGGACCACAACGACGAGAUCACGCUGGAGGAGUUCAAAGAGGCGGCCAAGAGCGACCCCUCCAUUGUUCUUUUACUGCAGUGUGAAAUGCAGAAAUUGAAAAUGUCAGAAGAGCAACAUGCCCGGUUACAGGUUGUGCCAGAGGAAGAGCAUUACAGAAUUACAGAGAGAUCAGGGCAGGACUGAAUCCUUUGAUAUUUGCGGGUGCCUUCAUAUACAGCGCUCUACCCCACUAGAUAACACUCCAGCAACUAAUACUGACACAUCAGUGGAGUUUGAACGCAUUGCCAUAAUCUGACGAUACCAUCACAAAGCAUAGACUUCUAACUGCGUUAUUGGCCGAGAUAAAACUGAAAGGCCAUGGCUGAGUAAAAGGGUGAUAUUUUGUAACGGGUCAUGCCAGAAAACGAGGAGUAGUGUUAGCUAGAGAACUGACAAUAUAUGUACAUGAUGACAUUUUGUACAUAAUGCCUAUACACAUGCUUAAUAUGUACAUGUAAAUGUUUCUCUACCUUAGAACUGCUUUCAUAAUCUGACACAGCUGCAAUGAUUUGUGUGCUAACACAAAAAAACCUUACUGUACUUACGUAUGUGGGUCUGUCUGUGGAAGAAGCACACUAAUGUGUGCAUUUUCUUCAUUAUAAUCUGGUGUGAAAGCUGCAGUGUGAGUGUGCGAGUUCAUGUAAGAGAACACAAAUGCCUCAAUCUUUGUAUUCUUAUGAUCUUCACGCCAGUGCUAGGAGUAUUACGCCGUCAUGUUUGUUGUUACCUGGUGUGGGUGGUGAGCUUUUUUUUUUUUUUUUUGUCAUGAGAGCUUUAGUUUAGUUCAGUCUUUAUUAGUUCAUCUCUUAUUUCAUAAGCUUUGCAGGUGUCACCUAAAGGGAUUUUAAUUGUAUGAAUAUUGUCAAUGUUGAACUAUCUUUCUUUACUCUUGUAAUGUGUGGACACAAAUGUAAACCAGACGCAGAAUGUGUAGUACUUGUCAAUGUUACUAUGCCGCAAUACUAACAUGAGAUUACUGUUGCACUAUGUAGUGAGUAGAGGCAAUACAGCUUUAGUUUUAGACUGCCUCCCUGUGGUGAAAGAUGUUAAUUAACUUGCCCAGUUAACUUUAGCACCAGAUCUUCAAACACUACGAUUUCACUCAGAACCAGGGCUGUCAAGGGGUCCAAGGGGUCCAACUAAGUUCAAUAUGUGAUAUAGUCUCUGUGAAUUUUAGCAGCAACCCCCCUUAAAAGAAACAGCUCGCAGUUUGCAGAAAAUGUUGUUUUGGUUCCUUAUUGGAACAGAUUUUGAGAAAUUUA